GGCUGCGCUAGCGCGCGUCGGCUGGAGAGGGCGGUCCGCGCGCUUCGCGGCAACUCCGGCUGCUGUGCCGCGAGGCUCCCGAGCCGCAAGGCUAGAGCUCCGUGGUGAGGCGGGUGUCCCAGAGCCGCCUCUGGUCGCCCGCCGCCAGGUCGCGCCCCUGGGAGCCUCGACCGCCGAGCCUCUUGCAGCACCCGGCGCUGGGCGCCGGCCGAGGGCGUCCGCGGCGGCCGGGGUGGCCGGCACAGCGACGAUGGGCGCGCGGACCUGGCGCGUGGGCUGUGGCGGUCUGCUCCUUCUGGCUCUGGUCGGGUCUGUCCGAAGCGAGGGCGCGCAGAGCUGCGAAGAAGUUGGGAAACUUUUCCAGGGGCGCCUGGCGGGAGCUGUCAGGGGGCUGCCGGAUUCGCCGAGGGCAGGACCUGAUCUCCAGGUUUGCAUAUCCAGAAAGCCUACAUGUUGCACCAAGAAGAUGGAGGAGAGAUUCCAGAUUGUAGCUCGCCAAGAUAUGCAGCAGGUGCUGCAAACAGCCAGCUCUCCAUUAAAGUCCCUCAUAUCUCGAAAUGCAGCUGCUUUUCAAGAAACCCUUGAAACACUCAUCAGACAAGCAGAAAAUUACACCAGCAUCCUUUUUUGCAACACCUAUAGGAACAUGGCCUUAGAGGCUGCUGCUUCUGUUCAGGAGUUCUUCGCUGACGUAGGCCUUUAUUUAUUUGGCGCAGAUGUUAAUCCUGAAGAGUUUGUCAACCGAUUCUUCGAUAGCCUCUUCCCUCUAGUCUACAAUCAUCUCAUUAACCCUGGUGUGACUGACAGUUCCCUGGAAUAUUCAGGAUGCAUCCGGAUGGCCCGCCGGGACAUCAGUCCAUUCGGGAAUAUUCCCAAGAGAGUCAUGGGUCAGAUGGGCAGGUCACUGUUGCCCAGCCGCACGUUCCUGCAGGCCCUGAAUCUGGGCAUUGAAGUCAUCAACACCACGGACCAUCUGCACUUCCCCAGAGAGUGCAGCCGGGCCCUUCUGAGGAUGCAGUAUUGCCCUCACUGUCAGGGCCUGGCGCUCAGCAAGCCUUGCACCGGCUACUGCCUCAACGUCAUGAGAGGCUGUUUGGCCCACAUGGCAGAGCUUAAUCCACACUGGCACGCGUACAUCCGGUCUUUGGAAGAGCUGUCAGAUGCCAUGCACGGGACAUAUGACAUUGAACACGUGCUCCUGAACUUCCACCUGCUUGUCAAUGAUGCCGUGAUGCAGGCCCACCUCGGUGGACAAAAGUUGUUGGAACAGGUAAAUAAAAUUUGUGGCCAUCCAGUGAGAACACCCACACAAAGCCCCCGUUGUUCUUUUGAUGGGAGCAAAGAAAAGCAUGGAAUGAAGAUCUCUGCAAGAAAUGGUGAAGAGACACUCGCCAACAGAAGAAAAGAAUUUAUCAAUAGCCUUCGGAUCUACCGGACAUUCUAUGGUGGCCUGGCGGAUCAGCUGUGUGUUAAUGAGUUAGCUGCUGCAGACGGACAGCAGUGCUGGGAUGGAAAAGACGUAGUCCAAAGCUAUACUCAACGGGUGGUUGGAAAUGGAAUCAAAGCCCAGUCUGGAAAUCCUGAGGUCAAAGUCAAAGGAACUGAUCCUGUGAUAAAUCAGAUUAUUGAUAAACUGAAGCAUGUUAUUCAGCUGUUACAGGGGAGGUCACCCAGACCCGAUAAGUGGGAACGUCAGGUGGGCAGCGGUGGCGGCCUGGUUGAUCAAGUGAGUGGGGACUGUGACGAUGAAGAUGGUUGUGGCGGAUCAGGAAGUGGAGAAGUUAAGAGAACACUGAAAAUCACAGACUGGAUGCCAGAGGAGCUGAACUUCAGUGAUGUCAAGCACAUCCAUCAAACAGAUGGUGGCAGUACUCUGGGCACAACUGGAGCAGGAUGCCCAGCAGGGUCUGAAUCUAUGGCACUGAUGCUGCUGGGCGUGGUGAUGGUUCUGCCUGGGCUCUGGUAACUGAACUCAGCUGCCCCUCCCCAGAGCAGUCUUCCAGGAGUCUAGAUUUCUCCCCUCUCUCCAUAAACCUGGAAUAGGAUUCUUUCUGAAUGUAACGACCAUAUUUAUGCAAAGAUAUGCCACACUAACUUCUUAGAGGCCAAGUUGGAAUGUCAGAGUAUCUAAAAAUCAACACUGGAAUACUCUGAAAAUGUCUUCUUUGAAUCUUUCUUAAACCUUCUUAAAUUCUAACAUAUUAAGCCUGCAAAUGUGAAGAUCACAGAGUGACUGUGCAGAAGGGGUUAUCUCUAAUUUUGUUAUCCUCAAUUCCAACCCCUAUCCUUUCUUCAGGACAGAAAAAGAGUUUCAAAAUCAAAGUACAUUUGCAGGACAAUGAAGACAGUUCCAAUUAUUUAAACUACCUGAGUUAGAAUCACAUUGAAUCUAUCCAAAAACUCAAUGGCAAGUAACAUGCAUGCAUUUUCAAGAGAUUCUUCCAUUUUUGCAAGCUAUAGAAAGAAACUACUGAAAGUCUUUUAAAUUAAAUUGUGAAAAAACAAUUCAUGCAAUUUUAUUGAAGGAGCUUGAUCAUUCUAUCCAAUGUAAACUAACAACAUACAGCUGAAUUAUUUUGGUAGCAUCUGAUCUGUACUGUAUUAUAUUCUAAAGGCAUUUUCAGUAUUGUGACCCUGUUCCCUCAUCUUUCUGCCUAGUGGAUUUAGCUACACUGUAAAGCACACGCCUGCUUCAGGAAUAUCUCUAAUAAAGCUGUUAAUUACUUCAUG